ACUGAUGGGUGACACUGAAAGGCAGCUCAGAUGGGCACUGAUAUGUGGCAUUGAUGUGCACUGGUAGGCACUGAUUUGUGGCAUUGAUGUGGCACUGGCAUGUGGCACUGUUCAGCACUGGCAGCGGGCACUGAUGGACACUGACAGAUGGCACUUCUGGGGCCACACUGAUCAUCAGGGCACACUGACCAUCAGUGCCCUGAUGAUCAGUGUAGAUGUCCCCUCUGCGGAAUCUCGUGAGGGGAGAAAUGCCAAUAACUGGCAUUUCCCUGUUUACAUGUGAUCAGCUGUGAUUGGACACAGCUGAUCACAUGACCCAGCCAACAUCUUCGG